AUGAGAAGUUUGGCGAAUGCUGUUGGAGCCAAGACGGCGAGGGCCUGCGACAGCUGCGUGAAGAGACGGGCUCGAUGGUACUGCGCCGCCGACGAUGCUUUUCUUUGCCAGUCUUGCGACAGUUUGGUCCACUCAGCGAACCCUCUCGCUCGCCGCCACGAGAGAGUCCGUUUGAAGUCGGCCAGCCCGUCGGCGGUGGCCGUAAAGCAUAGCAGCAACCACCACUCUCCUCCACACGAAGCCGCCACGUGGCAUCACGGGUUCACUCGUAAAGCUCGGACUCCACGUGGUGGCUCUGGAAAGAAGAGCAAUCCGUCGAUUUUUCAUGACUUGGUGCCGGAGAUUGGUGUGGAGGAUCAAACUGAUAGCUAUGAGCUUGAAGAGCAGCUGAUCUGUCAAGUUCCCGUUCUCGAUCCCAUGGUGGCUGAACAAUUCUUGAACGAUGUCAUCGAGCCGAAGAUCGAGUUUCCUAUGAUAAUGAUCGACAAUCAGGAGGAGGACGACGAGAACGCCGAGAGCUGUCUGAAUGGUUUUUUCCCGACCGACAUGGAGCUUGAGGAGUUCGCUGCUGACGUGGAGACUCUUCUCGGUCGCGGUUUAGACACAGAGUGUUAUGCCAUGGAGGAGCUAGGGUUGUCUAAUUCAGAGAUGUUUAAAAUCAAAAGAGACGAAACAGAGGAAGAGGAGGAAGAAGAAGAAACAAAAGCAGCCGUAAACAUGGGAAUAUGCUGCGAUGAUGAUGAUCGGGACGACCGGGAUGGAACGGUGCCGUUUGAGCUGAGCUUUGAUUACGAGUCACACAACACAUACGAAGAAGAGGAAGUGAAGAAUGUUGAGAAAACUAGUGGAAGUGGUGGAUGCAUUAAGGUGAAAGAGGAAGAGCAAAAGAGUGUUCUGAUGCUGAGAUUAAACUACGACUCGGUGAUAUCCACUUGGGGAGGCCAAGGUCCACCGUGGUCAUCCGGAGAGCCACCGGAGCUAGGCAUAGACAUUAGUGGCUGGCCAGCUGUUUCCAUGGGAGAGAAUGGAGGAGAGACUCAACAGAAGCAGUACGUUGGUGGAUGUUUACCUUCAAGUGGAUUUGGGGAUGGAGGAAGAGAAGCUAGGGUUUCGAGAUACAGAGAGAAGAGGAGGACGAGAUUGUUUUCUAAGAAGAUAAGGUAUGAGGUACGUAAACUGAAUGCGGAGAAAAGACCUCGAAUGAAAGGAAGAUUCGUUAAGAGAGCUUCGCUUGCUGUUUCUGCGUCAAAUUCACCACUAGGUGUGAAUUACUGA